GUAAUAUUGAAACGAACGGAUUAAGUAAACGUCCUUCGUGAUUACCUAAAUAACCUCAAUGUUUUGAUUCUCGAUUUUUAUAAAAGUAUUUAUUUUAUGGUGACAAAUAGGACUUGUAAUUGCAUUCAUUAAAUACAUAAUUGUAUAUUAUUUUCAGGAUGUUGACUUGAGUGGAUGUUGAUUACACCAUAAUGUCUUACAUAAAGGUGCUUCAAUGCACGCUGUGCCUCAAACAUGGCGGCAUGGUCACCACUAAAUCAUUGCUGUUGCAGGUUGGAAACGGCUCCCUCUCACAGCAACUGGCAAGAAUAUCCACAUCAGAAUGUUGGAGAAGCAAGUUGCCGGUCACAACUCAAGCACAGACAUGUGCACCCAAGAGCAAGGUACCGCAGGACACACGAGUGUGGAAGGAAACUCCGUCCCAUGAUAGAAAGGCCAACUUGGGCAACUAUUGCAUGAUGCUCUCCAAGUUCCGAUUGACUUCACUAGUAGUAAUGACAUCAAUGGCGGGAUACGCGCUCGCGCCUGCGCCUUUCGAGCUGACGACCUUCGCGAUGUGCGCCGCAGGCACGGGCCUCGUCUCGGCAGCAGCCAAUGCCAUCAACCAGUACCAUGAGGUGCCGUUUGACGCGCAAAUGUCGAGAACCAAAAACCGCGUGCUUGUCAAAGGAUUGUUAGAACCCGUACACGCAAUAAGCUUCGCAGCGGCGUCAAGCGCUACUGGACUUAGCAUCCUGUACUUCGGCGUGAAUCCUUUGACCGCAGCCCUUGGCGCGGGCAACCUCGUGCUUUACACGUCUGUGUACACGCCUAUGAAACGUAUGUCUAUAUUGAACACGUGGCUUGGAUCUGUAGUGGGCGCAAUCCCCCCGCUGAUGGGGUGGGCGGGGUGCACAGGCAGCCUGGACGCGGGCGCGCUCGUGCUGGGCAUAGUGCUGUACUCUUGGCAGUUCCCUCACUUCAACGCGCUCUCCUGGAACCUGCGGCCGGACUACUCGCGCGCCGGAUACCGUAUGAUGGCGGUCACUGACCCUGCACUAUGUAGAAGAGUAGCGCUAAGACACACGGGGAUAAUCACUGGAACCUGUCUCGCUUCCUCAUACUUUGAUGUUACCAAUAUGUGGUUCGCCCUUGAAUCGCUGCCUUUGAAUGUUUAUUUUAUGUACUUAGCAUGGCAAUUUUACCAAAAAUCCGACAGUGGUAGUUCGCGUAAACUAUUUAGAUUUUCUCUAAUACAUUUGCCGGCGUUAAUGCUACUUAUGCUAGUCAAUAAGAAAUAUUGGAGCUCUGCGGACUCCCAGGAGCAGAGAGACGGCAUCAAGUCGCAAGACGUCGCCAAGUUGCACGACAAGAGAAUAACAGUUCUACCUCGCGGCCCCGUCGUCGCCGCACAAGACUCCACAGCGGAUACAACUCUAAAUUAAAAAGAAACUAUCUACACGGCCGUAGAUAUAGUAUUCAUUGUAAAUAAUGUACAAUUAAUUAUGUGAUUCACUUUAGAGAGCUUGUAAGUUAUUAUUAAAUCAGCAAACGAGAUUUAAUUGUUAUAAAACGGGGCCUAUUUAGUUUCACUGUUGAAUAAAUAGGCUCCAUGUAUUUAUUUUUCAGUUAGAAAAAUGUAUGUAGUUCCUCUAACUUACAAUUAUGACUAAAGAAUAAAUGAAAUGUACGAAUAAUAAA